AUGCGCUAAUCUAAAAUAUGUUAACAACCAGAAUGCAAAAGAAUUCUUAGUACUCCCGAUGGUAAAGGACCAAUUAUUCGUUGCAAAGAUUGCCAUACUAAAAGUUUCGAAAAAAGCAUAACCGAUAUUUAAUAGAGAAAGAUUGAAUUAUUAAAAAAGAAAGAAUAAUUAUAGAACUAAUUUGAAGAGUACUUUAUAGUAAACAAAUAAAAAUGGGAUGCUGGUGUAGAAGAAAGUUUAAAUGCUCUUAAGGUCAGUCUAUAAAAUGAAAAAUAUUAAAAAUUGCAGCAUACCAUUUAUAUUAGGAAGCGUACAUUGGCUAAACAAUAAGAAGAAUUGGACGAUCAUAAGAAAUUGAUUGAUAAAUUAUAAUCGUUUUCCAAAUCCAUUUAAGAGAAAUAUUACAGCUUGAAGCAGAGUUUGAUAAAAAAGAGAAAUUAGAUCUAAGACAAGGAGAAAUAGUUAAAAUAUAGAUAGUACAUAAUUUUUGCUCAAUUGCCCUUUCUCUUUGAUAAUCAUAUGAUUUAUAAUCAGUAUAAAAUCAAUGAGGAAAUUUAAGAAAUUGUAUAUGACACUAUUUAUGAACUCACUUCAACACGAGACGAUCUACUAUUAAGCACUAGUUUUUUAACUAUAGAUUUUGAGUAGUUGAGAUUGUCAACUUAGAAAAUUAACACAAAAAAAGGUGAGAUAUGCUUAUCUCUAAAAAAAAGUACAGCCUAAUGGAAAGAAUACUUUCAUGAUAAUGCCCAAUACUAUGAAAAUUUUAUUACUUCAAUAAUUAAAGUAUAUAAAUUAAUCUACUAUUUGGGAAAUCUGUUUAAUGUAGUAUUACCUUAUGUAAUUUAUAUUGACAAUCAUGGUUAUCCUUAAUUUCUGGAAUAUCAAAUAUUUACAUAAAAAAGAUCCUCCAAUUUAAUAGAUCUGAAGGAAUCAUCACUUAGUCAGAUGUAGAUUAAUAUUUAUUAUCUCAAAUAUUACUUCAAAUUGGAUAUCUAGGACAAAUUGUACUCAUUUUUUGAUAUAAUUGACUUGCUACAAUCUUAUUACGAUAAAUUUGAGUUUAUUCAAUACGAUAUACUCAAAAAUUUAAUCUAAGAUUACAUUCCAUCAAUAAAUAAUCCUAGCAUUAAAUAAUUAAAUAUUAAUUAAUAGAAACGCAAACCCAUCCCUAUAAAAUUAGUUUAAACUUAAUGCCCUAAAUUUCUGCUUUAGUAUUAAAUUUCAGAGCAAUAAGUUAGCAACAAAUUGGACAAUUCUUCUGAAUUCUCAGAUGUAGAAUUUAUCCAAUGA